AUGGGAAAAAAGACGGUGAAUUUCUGGGUAGUUUUAUGCUGUUUUUUCGUUUUGCUGGGUCGUUUCAAUGCCUUUGGCAAUGUUGUUUUGAUUGGAAAGAAUGUCACUUUAUCGUUUGAAGAUAGGGAAGCUACUUUUGCUCUACCUGUGAAAGGUUUUGGUAAAUGUGGCACACUGCAUGUGGCCGAACCUUUAGAUGCAUGUUCACCAUUGACUAAUAACGUUGUUCUGAAAACAAACUGCACCAAAUUUUCGUAUGUUUUGAUCAUCAGAGGAGGAUGCAACUUUGAGAAGAAAGUCAGAACAGCACAAGCUGGAGGAUUCAAAGCGGCCAUUGUUUAUGACAACAAGGACAGCGAUCUAGUUGCAAUGGCAGGAUAUUCUGCUGGUAUAAAAAUAUAUGCUGUGUUUGUAUCCAAAGCUUCUGGUGAAGCACUGGCAAAUUAUGCCGGCAUUCCAAACAUGGAGCUAUGGCUAGCCCCGAGUUUUGAAAAAUCAAGUUUUUCGAUCAUGGCUACAGCUUUUGUCUCAUUACUUGCCAUAUCUGCUAUGUUAGCUACAUGUUUAUACUACUGGAGGCAUCGUAAUAGAAGAGAAUGGACUCGAGUUCCACACAUACGGGAAUUCCAUGGGAUGAGCAGGCGUCUCGUGAAAGCCAUGCCAAGCCUAAAUUUUUCAACUGUUUUGGAAGAUAAUUCUACAUCAAGUACGUGUGCUAUAUGUCUUGAGGAUUAUAAUGUUGGAGAGAAGCUUAGGAUUCUGCCAUGCCUCCACAUGUUUCAUGCUACUUGUGUUGAUGCUUGGCUGACAUCAUGGAGAACAUUCUGUCCCGUUUGCAAACGUGAUGCAAGAACUAAUACUGGUGAUCCACCAGCAUCAGAAUCUACACCAUUGCUAUCAUCCAGCCCAGCUUCUGUUUAUUCAUCUUCUGCAUUGUCAUCUGUUAUAUCAUCAUUAGCAUCAUCCUCGGCCAUACAGAUUGCCACGUCAUCAUCUCGGUCCCCUUCAGUUUCCUGUCCCCAUUCCAUCUUUAGCACUUCUUAUAACCAGCAGUCACUUCUGUCUUAUCAUCAAUCUCCUCACAUUAACAUAAGCAGAAGCUCGGUCGACUUCAGGAACACGUGUUCUCAAAGAUCUCGUAGUGCUUAUUUUGUUUCUCCUCACUCGUUAGGUUAUCCUUCAUUAUCACUCCUAAACUCCAGAUACAUGUCUCCCUACAUUCCGAGUCCCAACAAUGUUUCAUCAAGUUACAUCGAGUCCUCUAGUCGUCCGCCUAAUCCACUUCAUUAUAGUGAGUCAGCUUCAAGUUUUACACCAUUUGCUUCGGAUCAAUCUCUUCCGGGGUGUUAA